UAUUUACAACCUUCCUCUUUUGGUUGAUAUUUGAUAGGGCUCGAUUACCGCAUCAGGUACUGCGCACUAUCGAAACUAGGAGGAGAAGAGGGAGCUUCGAAGCAGAGACCACAUCAAUAUACGCAGAAACCGCAUCAACACGAUCCUGUAUCUGCUGUUGAAUUAGGAAGCAUGCCGAAGAACAAGGGAAAGGGAGGAAAGAACAGAAAGAGAGGAAAGAAUGAGGCAGAUGAUGAGAAGCGUGAGCUUGUGUUUAAGGAAGACGGACAGGAGUAUGCCCAAGUGCUUCGCAUGCUUGGCAAUGGCCGUUGUGAAGCCACGUGCAUAGAUGGCACCAAGCGUCUCUGUCACAUUCGAGGAAAGAUGCACAAGAAGGUUUGGAUUGCAGCAGGUGAUAUCAUCCUUGUGGGACUACGUGACUAUCAGGAUGACAAGGCUGAUGUGAUCCUCAAGUACAUGCCUGAUGAGGCAAGGCUUCUGAAGGCUUAUGGUGAACUUCCUGAGAAUACUCGUCUUAAUGAGGGCAUUGCUGGUGGUAUUGAUGUGGAGGAUGAAAAUGCCGGCGAUGACUACAUUGAGUUUGAGGAUGAAGAUAUUGAUAAGAUCUAGAGUAUGGAUUAUGUGGAAUUUGAUAGAAAACUCUGGUUGCUAAGAGUGAUGUUCCUGGAAUUUGGAUUUUAAGAUGAUAAAGCUGUCAUAUUACAUGUAAUAGUUGUUUAUCUUUCUUAUGUUUGGUGCUUAUUACAAAGUUUUCUGUAUCCGGAUUCUUGCUAGUAUGAUUACUUUGUACUUUGCGUGGUUUUAGGCUAUUAUGUCCAUGAUGCUGGAUAUAUAAUAUUGUUGGUUGAA